CAAGUGAGCUUGGUCACGUGGGCUAACCCUUUUCUCGGCCAUUUUGAUCGGUUUUGGCCAUUGUGUACCGAGGCUUCAACAGACUUACGUAUUUUCGACCAUACGAUCAACUGGGUAACUUCACUUUUGGUUGUUCCCAACAGUCAAGAUGGGAAUUAAAUUUUUAGAAAUCAUCAAACCAUUCUGUGCUAUAUUGCCAGAAGUUCAAAAGCCAGAGCGAAAGAUCCAAUUUAGAGAGAAAGUACUAUGGACAGCAAUCACACUUUUUAUUUUUUUAGUAUGUUGCCAGAUACCUUUGUUUGGUAUCAUGUCAUCAGAUUCAGCAGAUCCCUUCUACUGGAUGAGAGUUAUCAUGGCUUCAAAUAGGGGUACAUUGAUGGAAUUGGGUAUUUCCCCAGUUGUCACAUCGGGUCUCAUCAUGCAACUUUUGGCGGGUGCUAAAAUUAUUGAAGUUGGUGACUCUCCAAAAGACAGAGCUCUUUUCAACGGUGCACAGAAAUGUACUGAGUUUGAAGGAGCAGUUAUUGCUUUGUUCCAUUUGUUGGCAACACGUACCGAUAAGGUCCGUGGUCUGCGUGAAGCCUUUUAUCGACAGAACCUUCCCAACCUCAUGAAUCUGCUUUCCACAGUCUUGGUAUUUGGUGUUGUCAUAUAUUUCCAGGGAUUCCGAGUGGAUCUUCCAAUCAAGUCUGCUCGCUACCGUGGACAGUACGCUUCCUAUCCAAUCAAGUUGUUCUACACCUCAAACAUCCCAAUUAUUCUUCAGAGUGCGCUGGUAUCUAAUUUAUACGUCAUAUCUCAGAUGCUGUCUGUCAAAUUUGCCGGUAACUUCUUUGUCAGCUUAUUGGGCGUGUGGGAUGAAGCGUCGGGCGGUGGACCAGCUCGUUCUUAUCCCGUUGGCGGAAUUUGUUACUACAUGUCACCUCCUGAGAACAUAGCACACAUGGCUGCUGAUCCUCUCCAUGCUAUCCUCUAUAUCGUUUUUAUGCUCGGCUCAUGUGCAUUCUUCUCAAAGACGUGGAUUGAAGUUUCCGGAUCAUCUGCAAAAGAUGUUGCAAAACAAUUAAAAGAACAACAGAUGGUAAUGAGAGGUCAUCGGGAAAAAUCCAUGAUCCAUGAACUCAACAGAUAUAUCCCAACAGCAGCUGCAUUUGGUGGUCUGUGUAUCGGUGCACUUUCUGUUUUAGCUGACUUCCUUGGCGCAAUUGGUUCUGGAACUGGUAUUCUCUUGGCUGUCACUAUCAUCUACCAAUAUUUUGAAAUCUUCGUAAAAGAACAAAGUGAAAUGGGUGGCAUGGGCACACUACUCUUUUAAAAUUUGUUUUGAAAAAAUUAAUUUUAUUAUGAAAAAGAAAUGCACACAAAAAAUUAUUCAGUUUUCAAUGAGUAAUGUCGUAAGUUUUUCCGGUGUGGCAAAUUCCCUCUCGAGUAUUUUUGUGUAUAAAAGGCAUAUUUGAGGCCACUGUUUGCUGGGAAACAUCACCAGGGUUUAUAUAUACUUCAGAUAUACAGACCAAGCCGAAAGAGUAAUUAGAUACUUUAUACGUGUUCUUUUCAAACUGUGGAUGUUUCACUCGCAGCACAAUUACAUCAAUGUUCGUAUGUUUUUAAGUAUCCUUUUUUUUUUCUGCCUUUUAAUUAUAUUAAAAUAUUAGUUCAUUGAAACUAAUAAAUUAUUUCAAUCAAGUCUGUAAUAAACUAACUGUUAGUGUAUUUUGUAGUACAUUUCACAGAAUGUCUUGCCCCUUUUACACCUUGUGCUUACAGAACCAAGUGUUUAUUGGUCGGUUUGAGGGAAAUGAGCAACAUUUCCCUGUUCUAAAAAUGAAUAAAGCCUUCUUAAAAGUGAAA